AAUUUCACAUUGAAACAUUUUGUCUGCCACAUAUGAUAUUUGUGUAACCAUGUUUUAUUUAUUUAUGCUUUUCAUAGCAUAUAAACAUCCCAUUGAAUGACUGAACUUAUUUUUAGACAUGACAUAAAUGCAAAUGACUUCCCAUAACAAAAGCAGAAGUUGAACACUUAAGAGCUGCAGGAAGAAUGAACCGCUUCUGCUAAAUGACACCCGGCUGCAGUGGAGAGUCUGUGUACAGAUCAUAAAGCCUCUGAUAUUUCUAAGAAGUUUGUUGUGAUGGCGGAAGAAGAGGACGUUACCUACACGUCUGUUAUAUUCAAAGCUAAAAAUAAAUUACAGCCGAGGGUCCAAAACGAGGAGGAGGAAACUGUGUAUGGCGAAGUGAAAGUCCACAGUGAAGCAAAUGAAAAAACCAACAUAAACUCUAUAAAGGAGGAGGAGGAGAUUGUGUAUGACGAACUGAAGACAAUCAGUGAAAAAAGUGACAACACUCUUGACAUAAAUGUUCUGUUGCCUGAUACGAACAAAGACCGACGUCGAUGGUACCAGCAGGUGGCCUGCUGCUGUGGGACUCUGUUUGUCUCUGUGGUGUUGGGAGUCAUAGCAGUCUGCAUCUACUUCUUAGUACGUCCGAAGUCUGUCAACAUUGAGUGGGACCAGCUAAAAAGCAACCAAACGGCUCUUCUGAAUGAAAAUUACAACCUGACGAACCUCAACAACAGACUCACGUCAGACUUUGACAACUUGAGGAAGAAUCACGACAAUCUGACCAUUCAGUUUGAGAGUCUCGUAAAAAACUUUACUGUCUCAGAAAGUAUGGUCGCGAAUCUCACCGAAAAAAACCAGAAGCUGGAGUCAGAGAGGAGAAACCUUACAGAGCAAAUACAAAACCUAGAUAUAAGACAGAACGUCAGCCAUGCUCAGUGGGCCAUUGAUGCAUACUGUCCCAAAGAUAAUAACGGACGCACAUGCGAAUCUUGUCAGAAAGGAUGGCUUCCCUCUCAGUCCAGCUGCUAUGCAAUAAACAACGCAGAGAGUCCUCAGAGAAAAACCUGGGAAGACGCCAGAAAAGACUGCAGGGCAAAAGUUUCCGAUUUGGUUGUUGUUUCUGAUGAAAUUGAAAAGGUCUUUGUCGCUGAGAAAAGUUGGGGCAGUUCAGGGACUCAAGGAUACUGGAUUGGCCUGAAAGCAGAGAACAACAAAUGGAAGUGGAUCGAUGGAAGUGAACUGACCAACCACAGCUGGAUUCCACAACCUGAAAAUGACAAUCAAUGUGUUAUUUCUCUUGAAAAACAAGGAUGGAAAUCAGUGCGGUGCAAUGAAAACCAACAGUGGAUCUGUGAAAAGAAGGCGUUGUCUGUUUAAACCUUGAAAUCUAAUUUUAAAAAGGCUUAAAAGUAUGAACAUAUCAAUGUUUUGUU